GGGCGACGAGGAGGCUGCGGUGCAGCCGCGCGAUCCCUGACCUGCCGGCCGAUGCCCCAUAAACUCCCCCUUGAGUCUGCAGAGCCGGCGAGGCCGAGCCCGGAGCUCCCCUUGCCCGGAAUGGGGUUCCUCAAGCUGGCCAUGCCAGUUUGGCCAGGUCCACGCCGCCUCGGGGACGCAGCGACUCGGUGAGGGUCGCGGGGUUCCGCGCCUAGCGGGCCCCCAGCCGGGGCGCUGGCGGAGACCUGGUUGGGGUCAGAGGCAAGGGGAACCCAGACGGGCGAGCGGAACCUGUGGGACAGGAAUCUUUCCUACUCAUGUAAGUAUGCCAGGUGGAUCUGAGGCCAGUUGAUGAACAAGCAGCAGCUGAAGGAUCCCCUAAAAAAGGAUGCGCGAGAGGGCCAUGAGGAGCUGGAGCAGAGGUGGCUGGGUGUGGGCGCUCUGCCUGGUGGGGCUGUGGACUCUCCUGGCCUCGGCUUCCUUGCAGCCCCCAACUCCCACAGGCCUGGGCAAGCAGGGCACCUGCGAGGUGAUCGCCGCCCACCGCUGCUGUCACCGGAACCGCAUCGAGGAGCGCUCGCAGACCGUCCAGUGCUCUUGCUUCUCUGGCCAGGUGGCCGGCACCACCAGGGCCAAGCCCUCCUGCGUGGAUGCCGCCAUCGUCCUGCAGCGGUGGUGGUGUCAGAUGGAGCCCUGCCUGCCGGGGGAGGAGUGCAAAGUGCUCCCCGACAUGUCCGGGUGGAGCUGCAGCCGUGGACACAAGGUCAAAACCACCAAGGUCACACGAUAGCCGCAGCCUGGACAGGAUGCUUGAGCCACGGCCAGAAGGAUGGUGUCCAGUUAUCAGCACCUGUGGAGAUUCACUUACCUGGACACACGCCCCGUGCAAAUGUGGCAUCCCUCUUGCCAGGUGCAGCUCGGCGGAUAGGGAGACACAUCCCCAGCCACAUUCCCAGCAUGGUGUGGGGCCUUCUGGGGACACAGAAGAUGAAGAUACAACUGGUGCCCCUGUGGCCUGUCCAAUUGAGUUGGAGAGUUGAUGAAAGACAGUUUGGAGCGUUUAGAUGAAAGCAGGUGGCCCUGGGUUGUGGCCUCUGAGCCAUAUAAGCACCCUACACCACCCCCACCCACCCCAGCCAUCUGCUAGCCACAGGGCACAAAAAUAAGGGGUCCCACUCUGGCCCACCACCCCCCUCCCUCACAUCAGCCAGGUCCCCAGCAAGAUGUUUCCGUGUGAAGGACACUCUCCCUGCUCCCAGGGCAGCCGGAUGGCCCCUGGGUGGGACUGGAUUGUCUGGGGGACAGAGAGAAGACAUGAAGCCAGGCAACUUUCCCUGACAAGCUUCUGCUGAGGCCUGGUGAUUCGGUGACUCAGUGGGCGUGGGAGGGGCAGGACCCUAGAUACCCGCCACCCCAGCCCUGCAGGUUUUUUUU